CUGUGUCUGUGUGUAUCAUUAAACCCUACUAAACCAUACCACCACACAUACGAGGAAGCAUACUUGAGUAUAUAUGUGUAUAGGAAACAGCUGGAAUAUACAUACAUACUCUUGUGCCGGACUUAGAUCAAUCAUAUAUUGACACACAGAUACUACUGUCAUCUCUCCUGUGUUCUUGUUAUAACAUCCCUAUCUGACACUAUGUCGCUGUUCGGUUAUCUACGCACACGCCCGGCAAUGGGUGUUCUAAUGCGACCAAGUGUGGUCAGAGGCAUGUGUAUGCGAACUUAUACAACAAGCGAGCCGUCCGAGGCAACCCCCGCACCAACAGCCAGCUCAGACAAGGUCUGCGUAUAUCUGAAUGAGAAACCUCAAAUACACGAGAGUUGCUUCAUCGCUGAUAAUGCGACUGUGCUGGGGCGAGUGCGUAUGGGCCAGAACAGCAGUGUCUUCUACAACUGCACAUUACGAGCGGAUAUCAAUCACAUCACUAUAGGUAACGAGAGCAAUAUUCAGGACAACACGGUCAUCCACGUGUCUUCCACGAGUGGCGUAACCAUUGGCAACGGCGUGACCGUAGGCCAUAGCGCCCUCAUCCACGCCUGUACAGUCGAGGACAAUGUGCUGGUUGGGAUGGGAUCAAUUAUCAUGGAUGGUGCAACUAUCGGACGAGACAGCAUUGUUGCUGCGGGUGCGCUGGUGCCCAUGGAUGUCACGUAUCCCGAGAGAUCACUGAUUAUUGGCCGCCCGGCCAAGGUGGAUCGCCAAUUAGAGGAGGAAGAGGUCGAGAAUCUCCGCGCGCAGUCGGCAAAGUAUAUCAAGGUUAUGACCGAGCACAAGAACUUCAACAAGAUGUGAAAGUGCAGUACAUCCGAGGAUAGUCAAUAUUAAAC